UGCUAUACUCCUUCCAUAUUUUCCAUUUUAUUUCUCAUUCUUAUGAGAAAAAGAAGAAUGGCCGCCACCACACUGGAUCCAAGUUUCAACCUUCAAAUCAACGGCCAAGAAUCCCCCCACCGUGGAGUUGUGGUUGCCGAGAUUGAUGGGCUUAUUAGAGUUUACAAAGAUGGUCACGUCGAACGACCCCAGAUCGUUCCAAGUGUCGCCUGCUCAUUGGCUCCGGAGCUUGGGGUAACUUGUAGAGACAUGAUCAUAGACAAGUGCACCAAUGUUUUGGCACGUUUGUAUGUCCCAAACACCGACAGACUCCGACUCCCCUUAAUGGUGUACUUCCACGGCGGCGGAUUUUGUGUCGGCUCCGCUUCUUGGAGUUGCUACCACGAAUUCCUAGCAAAAUUAGCCUCCAGACUCAGUUGUGCAGUCGUGUCGGUCAAUUACCGGCUGGCGCCGGAGAACCCUCUUCCGGCAGCCUAUGACGACGGAGUUAAGGCGCUUGUUUGGCUGACGCAACAAAAUUUCGUCCCGAGUAAUGAUUGGUGGACUAGUAAAUGUGACUUCUCUAGCAUAUUCCUGGCUGGUGAUAGUGCUGGUGCAAACAUAGCCUAUAACGUCGCGUUGAGUGUAAGUAGGGUGUUGGAAAUCAAGGGACUCGUACUAAUACAACCCUUUUUUGGAGGGGAGAGGAGGACUCAUUCGGAGAAGUACACGGUGCAGCCACCACGCUCCGCCCUUACGCUGGCGGCGUCCGACACGUAUUGGCGGCUGUCGUUGCCUUCCGGGGCCAAUCGCGACCACCCCUGGUGCAAUCCGGUGGCCAAGGGGGCGGAGGAGUUGCGGAAUUUGCGGGUCAUGGUAUGCAUAUCGGAGAUGGAUAUACUGAGAGAUAGGAAUUUGGAGUUGUGCGCUAAUUUGAGGAGUAAAGGCGUGAAAGUGGAGCAGUUGGUGUGUAAAGGUGUUGGCCAUGCAUUUCAGAUUCUUAACAAGUCUGCUCUCUCGCAAAGUCGUGUUCUUGAAUUGAUUUGUCAUAUCAACAACUUCAUGGGUAGAUGAGUCUUUCUGCCUUGUAAUUAAAUGUAAAAUGUAGAAAUUUGUACCUACAUUGAUUAUUAAUUACUCAAUCAUAAACUCUAAUCACGGAAUGCUUGAAUCUUGCCUUA